AUGAAAACAGUGGGAGCCUCUUGGUCUCGUCGGAUGCUACUCCAUCUCAAGUGGACACCUCCCAUGUACUCCGUUUUACUUAUCUAUUUUUUCGACUAUCCUAUAGGUCUCUUCUUCUUAUUUACGCCUCCACCAUGGACCUCAAUUUUAAACCACCUGAUGCUCGCUUCUUUCUUCUUGAAAGACCCUCCGUCAUACCAAGUUACUAUUCAGAUCACUGAUGUCGGGCCAGUUGGCAUCCACGGUGGCGUGGGACAGCUGAUGUCCCUUCCUCCCUCUGGGAAAAAACCACCACAACAUCAUCCCCAACGUAUCAAGACCACAACCUCACACCCUCGCCACCAAUGUACAUCAAGGAAUCUGCCAGCCACCACCACUAACACUUUUUUAGGUUGGAUAUUUGUUUGGGAUUGGUUUCUUGAAGGUGUUCAUGGUGUUCUGGGACUCCUCGGAUACGGUAAGUUAUUAAAUUCUUUGGUUAUGAUUGAUAUGAAUUGUGCCCUAAAAGUGUUUGUUGAAAUGAAAGCUGCUUCUUCGUCUGCUAGAAGAGCACCUGUCUCAGGGACAAAAGGGAAAAACAAGAAAUAUUGUGGUGGUGGUGGUCAGAUAAUGGGGGGAGGAUCUUCCCUGAAAAUGCAGUACCCUCCAUCAGGGCCAAGUGGGUGGGGCCAGCUUGGUAAUCGUGUGACUUCUGGGCGAGUUGCAAAUGAGUCUGCUGAAACAUCAACAUUCUCCCUAUUGAUUGGAAGAAAAGUGAGAACCAGAUGGCCUGAUGACAACAAUUUUUAUGAAGCAGUUAUAACAUAUCACAACCCCGUUGAGAUAUCACCAGAGGAUAUACAAUGGUGGAUCAGGUAUUCAGUUCAUGGAAUGAGUAGACCCGUUGGACGUGAUAAUGGUCCUGGUGGAGGUGGAGGUGCAGGGAGAGGUAGAGGGUUGCCCAAAAGUCAAGCAGUAGCAGCAUCAAGAAAAGAUUUUCCAUGA